GUUUGCUUCCAGAACUUUCCUCCACCCGGAGCUCAACGCUCACUCUACGCGUGUAGCUGCUGGGGCUGCCUGCACUGAUCUGCUGAAGAAAAGAAGCACUUUAGGGAAGAAAGAGGGGAAGUUUCUCCCAAAUUGAAACUCGUGUGCUCGUUUUAAUUUCUCAGUGUCUGGACUCUCCUCUUGGCACCAGUGUCUCCUAAAAGUGAAGGGUCGUGACUGAAAACCAGCGCAUUUCUUGAAAGUCCGCUACGUGAAAAAUGAAGAUGGGACAUUUUGAAAUGGUCACCACGCUGCUGGCAGCCGCAGUUCUAAUGGACAUCUUCCAGGUGAAGGCGGAAGUGUUAGACAUGGCAGAGAACGCGUUUGACGACGAAUACCUGAAGUGCAAAAGCAGAAUGGAAUCGAAGUAUAUUCCGCAGAUGAAGAGGGAGGAGUGGGCAAACGAUGCGCUCCUGCGGAUGGUGUGGGACAAUGCGGAGAUCCAGUGGGAAGCGCGGAAGGCUCAGCUCUUCCUCCCUAGAAACUUCAAGGACACCUAUGGCAUAGCUCUGACGGCCUACGUGAAUGAGGCUCAAGAGCAGACUUCCUUCUACCACACAUUCAGCAGCGCUGUGAAGAUGGCCGGCCUGUCCCGAAGACGGUACAUCUAUAACUUCCCGUUCAAGGCUUUUCAUUUUUACUUGGUGAGAGCCCUGCAGCUGCUGAGACGACCUUGCGAGAAAAGUUACAAAACUGUGGUGUACAGCACAAGCCCAGACAUUUCAUUCACAUUCGGAGAGCAAAACCAAGCCAGGCUGGGUAACUUCACGUUGGCGUAUUCAGCCAAACCGGAGACAGCCGACAACCAACGGGUGCUAACCAUCCAGACCUGCUUUGGAGUCGCCGUGGGAAAGUUUCUUAAUAAAGAAGACGACAGCGUUGUUUUAAUACCUCUGAGUGAGGUUUUUCAAGUGUCGAGGAAAGGAACUAGCAACGACCUUGUCCUUCAGAGCAUAAACAGUACCUGCAGCUACUACGAGUGCGCAUUCCUCGGGGGUCUGAAAACAGAAAAUUGUAUCGCGAACGCAGAAUAUAUUGACCCUAGGUAUCUCUACAACCCAGAUAUGGACAAUCAGAAGCUUGAAGACUCUGUGCCUGGAAUCAAACCCUGGGCCCCCUGCAAGCUAGGUAGGAACAACCUUGACCCUGACAGAAUGCCAGAAAUUAAAGUGCUACAAACAGAGGAAAAUCCUCUCCUGCCGGAUGAAAAGCCUGACAGAAGUCGAGGAAAGGCCAACAAUCCUACUCCAGGUCUGGUUCCAGGUCCGAAAUCCCAUCCCUCUGCAUCCUCUGGCAAUACGCUCCUUCCAUCAGUCAUGGCAUCCACCAUUUUACUCGUUGCUUCUGCUGUAAACUUCAUCGAGCUAUAGCUUGAAACGCUAUCUUAAUCUUUAUCUGAAAGACUGCUAUGGGGAUCCCACAGGAAGUCAAGAGAAAAAAAUGUAGUUUUCCUUGGACAGACUUGACUGUAUAAAAGAACUGUAUAUUUGUUCCUCAUUUUACAAUUUAAAAAGCUGGUCCAGAUAGUAUCAUAGAAUUAACUUUUCAUUUCUGUAUUAAUUUUAGGACUGCAAAAAUCCCAAAGCUAUAUACUUUUUGAUCGGAUUCAAUAAAAACUUUAAGUUUACUAAA